AUACAAUUUGCUUUUCGUUUUUGGUUUUGGAGGGUUGAGAGAGAGGGCGGCACCCAUGGAAGCCAGCUGCACGAACAGCAACGGUAACGGCGACGGGAGGGAGAGGAGGGCGGAGGAAGCAAUCGCCGGUAACGGCGAAGCCCUACAAGCUCUUCGAGAACUCAUCACCUUCCGUUUCCUCUACUAUCGCCAGGCUCGAAAGCUCGGCCUUAAAUGGUCUCGUGGUUUGCUGCUCUAUGGUCCCCCUGGCACCGGAAAGACAAGCUUGGUUCGAGAAGUUGUCCGUGAAUGUGGUGCACAUUUAAUUGUUAUUAGUCCCCAUUCAGUUCACAGGGAAAAUGCUGGAGAAAGUGAAAGAGUCUUGCGGGAGGCUUUCACAGAAGCAUCAUCUCAUGCAAAAUUGGGAAAGCCCUGUGUUAUCUUUUUUGAUGAAAUUGAUGCACUUUGUCCUCGUCGUGAUUCUAGAAAACAGCAAGAUGUUCGUGUAGCCUCUCAACUUUUUAUGCUGAUGGACUCCAACAAACUGUCAUCCACACCACAAGUAGUUGUUGUGGCAUCUACCAAUAGAGUGGAGGCAAUUGACCCUGCAUUGAGAAGGUCAGGGCGUUUUGAUGCUGAGAUUGAAGUUACAACACCUAAUGAAGAUGAACGUUUUCAAAUACUGAAGCUUUAUACCAAAAAGCUUCCUCUGGAUCCCAAUGUUGACUUGAAGUCCAUAGCUGCAUCUUGCAAUGGGUAUGUUGGGGCUGAUUUGGAAGCCUUGUGUCGUGAGGCUGCCUUGUCUGCUGUAAAAAAGGCUUUAGACACAAAUGAAGAAGCUGGUAUCCAUAUCUUAACAAUGGAUGACUGGAAUCAUGCAAGAACUGUUGUUGGUCCAAGCAUAACAAGGGGUGUUACCGUGGAAGUUCCAAAGGUUUCUUGGGAUGAUAUUGGAGGAUUAAAAGAUCUAAAGAAGAAGCUACAGCAAGCUGUUGAGUGGCCUUUACAACAUUCUGCUGUAUUUUUGAGGCUUGGAGUAUCACCUUUUCAUGGGAUCCUUCUUCAUGGACCUCCAGGAUGCUCAAAAACCACCCUUGCCAAAGCUGCAGCUCAUGCUGCCCAAGCUUCUUUCUUUUCCUUGAGUGGUGCAGAAUUAUAUUCAAUGUAUGUUGGAGAGGGUGAAGCUUUGUUGCGUAAUACAUUUCGGAAAGCUCGCCUUGCUGCCCCUAGCAUAAUAUUCUUUGAUGAGGCAGACGUUGUUGGUGCCAAACGAGGAGGGAAAUCAAGCAGCAACAUUGCAGUAGGAGAGAGGCUUAUAUCAACUUUGUUGACUGAAAUCGAUGGAUUAGAGCAGGCUGACGGAAUUCUUGUUUUGGCUGCCACAAAUCGCCCUCAUGCAAUUGAUGCUGCUCUUAUGCGGCCUGGACGCUUUGAUCUAGUGCUGUAUGUGCCACCUCCAGAUUUAGAAGCUCGUUAUGAGAUACUCCGUGUACAUACUCGGAACAUGAAAGUGGGUGAUGAUGUUGAUCUAAAAAAUAUAGCAGAGGAUACCGAGCUCUUCACAGGGGCGGAGCUGGAGGGCCUAUGCAGGGAAGCUGGAAUAGUGGCUCUGAGAGAAGACAUUUCCGCCAAUGUUGUGUGUAAUAAACACUUCCAGACAGCAAGGAAGUCUUUGAAGCCAGCCCUAACAAGAGAAGAAGUUGAUUCAUAUUCCUCGUUCACGAAGAACCCAUCUGCAAAAUCUUAUGGUCCAUUGAAGUCCAGCCCCAUGGAGAACAGCAAUAUCACUGGGAGUCUAUUGGGUUUAGUGGCUCCAGUUUCAGUUGGCAUCAUAAGCCUCAUUCUAGUUGCCGGUAUUCAAUACUUUAUACUUUGGUAAUUUGCCUAAUCAGUUAGCAACAACAUGAAGAAUUUGUCAGUGCCUCACUGCAUGAUCAGUGCGCCUGUCUUGCUGUUAACUUGCUAUUUCGGAGUCUUCUCCUCUAUUCCAGUGGUUCCAAGUCAUCGACUCAGAUAGGAUCCUCUUUUAUCUUUGGCACUCGGAUAGUAUGCAAUGUGCUUAGACCAACCAUCGACUCAGAUGGGAUGCUCUUUAUUUUGUUUCUGGCUGAUGUUUGUUUAACUUACUUCUGCUUGCUUAUAUCUAUUUUUUGUGACAUUCUCAAAGAAGAAUAA